GAAACACAUGCGUUCCCCCUCCCGGUUUUUCCUGUAAACAACAACAGUUUGUAUGGUAGGGACGAGUGGAGAAUAUCAUUUUGUUCCGAAAUUAUAGGCGACCUAAACCAAAGACAGUUGAAUUGGUCGCGUGAAAGAAUUGAAACUUUUUGCGACAUGAGGCCAGCAGUACUGAGGAGAAAUGCUGUUCUCUCCGCCUUUAGUGUUGUCUUUUUUCGAUUUUCAAGCGCUACUUUUUCGCAAUCAACAAUACCAGCGAUUGCGAAGUACUUUGGAACAAAGGGUAGAUACGAGGAGGUUAAUCCCUAUCUAAUUGAUGAUAUUUUAUCUGUUAACAAGUCACUGUCAAAGCCUCCAUCUUCAGAUUGUCGUGCUAUUCACCUUACUGCUGUCAUUCGGCAUGGUACACGAUUUCCUACCUCUAAAAAUAUCAGAAAAAUAAAAAAUCUCCAUAAUCUCGUCAUUAAUGAAGCCAAGGAUACACACACGUGGUUAAGAGACAUCAAGACCAACUGGGAAAUGUGGUACACCGAGGACAUGGACGGAAAACUUGUGGAGAAGGGCAGAGAUGAUCACAGGCAUUUGGCUGUAAGGUUGGCCACAUCUUUUCCAACCUUGAUCUCUAAGGACAACUUUCAAAACAAUCGUAUGAAGUUCAUAACUAGCUCAAAACACAGAUGUGUCGACAGUGUGGAGGCUUUCCAAGAGGGCUUGCACAGACUCUGGAAUAUCAAAGACACAAGCUACAGCCAUGAAAACAAUGACAAUCUCAUGAGAUUCUUUGAUCAGUGCAAGAAAUUCAUUGAAAAUGUGGAGAACAACAAAACGGCUCUUCAGGAGGUCGACCUCUUUAAGUCUUCUGAUGAGAUGAAAAAGCUACAGAGGAGGAUUGCCGAUCGCUUGGAGAUCCCCCACAACCACAUGACCACAGAUAUGGUGGAGGCUGCAUUCUUCCUGUGUUCCUACGAGUUCUCUAUUAAGUCUUUGAAUUCCCCAUGGUGCAACCUGUUUGAUGAGGCUGAUGCACAAGUUCUGGAGUAUAAAAAUGACCUGAAGCAGUACUGGAAGAGGGGAUAUGGUCAUGACAUCAACCGCAAAUCCAGUUGCACUCUCUUUCAUGACCUUUUCCGACGACUUGAUCAGGCUGCUUAUGAUUUCAAGUUUGGCCACGUGACCGAGGCCGUGACGGUGCAGGUGGGCCACGCCGAGACCCUUCUCCCGCUCCUCUCCCUCAUGGGCUUCUUCCGUGACGAGACACAGCUGACCGCCAGCAACUUCCACCAGCAGCAGGGACGCACCUUCCGCACCAGCCAGAUCGUGCCAUACGCCGCCAACCUGGUCUUUGUUCUCUACGAGUGCGGCGAAGGCCUCAGGCUCCAGUUCCUGCUGAACGAGAAGCCGAUGACCUUCCCCACUAUCGACCAGUCAGCUCCGCUGUACCGGAAGGUCAGGAAUCACUACAGUGACCUGCUCAACGGCUGUAAUUUUGAGAAGGAAUGUGAGCUGAGCAAGAUGAACAGAAGGAACACGGAGUUGUGAUAUGGGAAAGGAAGUGAUUAGUGAGGAAUGGAAAAAAAUGCAAAUUAGUUUUUUUUCACUACUAUUACUAGUGGUUUACAGCUGUACAAAAAUGAAGCACUAGGUGGUGGAUGGGGUAGUCACACACCUACUAAUUUUCUCUCUUUCAAUGUGUUCUGGCCAAAAAUAUGUUCCUUUGCACUUUUUCAGAGCUUUCAUGAUGUUAUGAUGUUGCAGGAUUAUAUUUUAUCUUGUUGGUUCUUUGUUUUUGCAGCAUAUUUUGAACGUGUUAUUGUGCUUUUGUGAUUUUUCCUUUCCACGUACUUUCUUGCCUUUAUUUAUCUUACAUUUAUUGUGUGAUUUGAAUCUAUGAAUAUAAAAAAAAUGAAUCAUAGUGGGCCUCAUGCAAGAACAAGUUUAUAUUCUUCUCAACUUUUUCCAUAAAUUGUUUUUAUUUUUAUGCUUUUACAAAAGUAUCAGGUUUAAGGCUGUGAUACAGUAUGCUCCUGCAUCUCUGUCCUGUGCGUGUCCUUGCCUCAUCAACACAGCAUGCAGGGGUGUCGCAAUCUUCCCAACAAUGAUGCCUGUCUUUGACGCACACAAAUCUGCACAGAGGAGUAUACCCCCUGCGUUAGGCACCAUUAAGCUUAAACAUUAAGUGGCUAGAAGACAGGCAGCCGUGGCUUACUGGUUAGCGCUUCGGACUCGGACCCAACCGGUGGGAAUGGCUGAAGUGCCCUUGAGCAAGGCACCUAACCCCUCACUGCUCCCCGAGCGCUGCUGUUG